CCUAAUUUGAUAUUCGAGAAAGACGAGGCUCUUAUCUUGUACUUCAUUAACCUUAGGUAUUAUGAAUGCCAACUUUACCUCUUUUUACCCUCUCUAGCCUCCAUCAGGGACGGCCUUCACCAGAUUUCUCUAACAAGCCAUUCAUUACCAACUUCAAUUCUUAUGCGAAAAGCACUCCUGGACAAUUAUGGCCACGAGCAUGGGGUUUUGACAUACAACUGCUGGCGAGUAUUCCUAUUGUUGAGAGCAUAUCCUAUAUCCUAUAAAUUUUAGCAGGAUAUCCUAAUUAUAAUUCGGCAUACCUCUUCAUGACGCUUUUAUCUUUCUAGUCUUACAAUCAUACUAAUCUCGAUAUUCACAUUCUUUCAUUCUUUCCUGCUAUGCAGACCUCUCAAGAUCACGGUGGUCCGCUUGAGGACCGCCUGCGCAGUCUUAUAAUUAGCAACGCAGAUGGGAAGACCGGACAUGUCCUGCAAAGCUCAGCUACUACAAGAACAGAGAGCAUCUCGUUAGAUAAUGCGCCUGGAGUCAAAGAAGAACAGCCAAAGGCAGAGCAAUCAUCUCCUUCGGCGCAAGCCCCUCCUAAGCCGAGCAAGAAACGUCCAAACCAGGCCCAGCGUCGCGAGAUGCGCGCCCAGCUAUCCAUUCCUAUCGACACCAGAGCUCCAGCUCCCUUUGAUGGAAACCCACGUGCAAAUUCACAUCAUACCAAGAACCAAUGGUCUACAUGGCGCAACCCUGAGCAAAAUACAUCUCGCCCUCCUGUGAGUUCAUACAAUGGUGAGCCCCAAGGUCCAGGUGCUGGAGCAAACAACCCUCCCUAUUCAAAUCAGAAACGUCAUCGAGGCGGAUUUGGCCAAGUACCGACGUCUACCCUAGGGCAUCAGCCACCCCAGAGGCAGCAACCUUCGUAUACGUACAAUAAUUUUUCAAAAGGGGUCAACGUGAUAUCGGCGGAUUCAUUCGCGGCUCGCGGUCCUGUUCCUAACUCUUCGCAGUCUUGCCUCUACAACCCCAGCGGGCAACACCAAUCUAUUUUCAGCUCAGAACAGCUCGCGAACCAAUCAGCGCUUCUUGAUGAACUUUGUCGCUUUGUCGUUACAGGCGCGGAGAUUGAGCCCAGUGAUAUCGCUGAAAAAGAAUACUUCCGUGCUCGGGUAGAGGCGAUUUGCCGCGAUGUUAUCAGUCGUCACGAGAUUGAAAGUAAUAGAAACCCGAACUUCCAGCCUUACAGUGUAGAACUCAAAUGUUUCGGGAGUCUCGCGUCCGGGUUUGCGACGAAGGCGGCUGAUAUGGAUCUUGGUCUUCUCUCUCCUAUGUCUUGGUCCUCGCCAGAAUCACCAGACUCGCCCAUCCCACGCCUCAUUGAGAAAGCAUUACUUGAGCACGGCUUUGGUGCUCGUCUUCUUACUCGUACCCGGGUGCCAAUCAUCAAGCUCUGCGAAAAGCCUAGCGAAAAACUCCGUUUGGAUUUGUUGGAUGCGCGAGCUAAGUGGGAAAAGGGGAUAACAGACGAUAGUCAUGAAGCAACAGACGACGUUAUAGAUGAUCAAGAGCAUCCUGACGGUGCUGCUGACGGUACUACCGCUAUCAUUGCCACCACCGAAAUCGAACAUUCGCCAUCCAGUAACCAGCAACGAGACUCCCAAGCGCGGUCUGGCCCCGCGGAGAGGACCUAUGAAGAGCAGCUUGCUUCUUUGAAGCAGGCCGACUCUCAGUCGCUGGUAGCAUAUUAUGGUAACGCUAAACGGCUUCUACGUCGAUUAAAUGGCCGCGAUAUCACUAUAUCAAAUGCGGCAGGCUUCAAAGAUACGGACUACAAAGUUCUUGACGAUGUCUCCAAUGCGUUCGUCGACGGCCUUCAUGAUGAGGAUCUAAAACAACGAAUACAUACAUAUCCAUCACUCUCUUCCAAUGCCACAUCGGAGCCACCUAAUCGCCGCUCGCUCAUGGGCGUUUUCAUGAUCGUGGAAGGCGAACAACUUGCGAUCAUUUGGGAAACACAAGAGAUAAGAGAAAAGAACAUCAAAUGGAGACAAGGCUCUAAAUCUGUCGUCGAAGCUUGGAAGAAUCUCCUGUGUAAUAAGUCUUUCGGUACAGAACCUCUUAUACUAAAUCGGGAACUUCAUUUGGCUCUUGAACAGCUUCGCCAGAUCCCAUUGGUGCAGCUUAUGCAGCUUAAACAAGACCAACACGAGUCACCUACCCAAUAUCACGCAAGGGCUACCAAGAUCACGAAUAGUCUAUUCCCCGCUCAUCCAUCAUCAAAUAAGUCAUCCCUUCCUGAAACCUCCCAGCACUAUAUAGCAGGUAUCCGUGACAAGUACAUAAGGGAUGAGGUUCAAAAGUUCGCAGAUACGACUGGAGUGCAGAAUCUGAGGAUACUUGCUAAGAAACACAAAAUUAUUCAUCUUGUCGUUGAAUACGAAAGGGCUAUUGAGAAGGGUCUCUACCGCGAAGAGGAUCUACCAGUCAUUCGAGAGUACAUGAAGAUCCUCCAGGAGGACUUCUUGUAUCAGACACCAGACACAGAUAGGCCCACAGCUGAUGCGUUCGAUUUUAUAGUCCCAGCUACCGAGAAAAUAAUUUCAUUGAUCGAAAAGAUUAGGCAACUUCCUGAUCCAUCCAAGCUCGCCCCAAAUAAGCCAAGGGAUCGAUAUCACGAUAGCCUGGAGUUUCCUAAAGAUGGCGUUGGCGUCCAGUGCGAUAUCAACUUCUCUGCCAAUUUGGCCCUCCAGAAUACCUUACUCCUACGCUGCUAUUCCUACACUGAUCCCCGCGUGAGGCCAAUGGUCCUCUUUGUAAAACACUGGGCUAAGGCUCGUGGAAUCAAUACACCAUACCGCGGAACACUGAGCAGCUAUGGCUAUGUUCUUAUGGUACUACACUAUCUUGUCAAUGUUGCGGUGCCUUUCGUAUGCCCCAAUCUUCAGCAGCUCGCUCCCCCUGAUCCGAGCCUUCCGGCAGAAGCUCUUGAGGGUCUCACUACAUGCAGGGGCUGGAACGUUCGAUUUUGGAGGGAUGAACAGGAGAUUCAGAGACUGGCACACCAAGGCCAGCUCAACCAGAAUAGGGAAUCUCUCGGGUCAUUACUCCGAGGAUUUUUUGAAUACUAUGCGCAGAGUCACGUAAUGAGCACUACUCGUAAACGUGGCUUCGACUGGGGCCGGGACGUACUAAGCUUGCGAACACACGGUGGAUGGCUCUCAAAACAAGAAAAGGGUUGGACAGGAGCGAAAACAGUCUUGCAAUUGGAGACGGGCGCCCUCCCAAACCCAGCCGAAGCGGGAUUCAAUAGCAAAGCAAAUUCACCCACAGAUGGCACGAUCAGACAGCAAGCUACAACAAACGGACAAGUGGACGGUAUUAAGUCGCAAGAUGGCACCCCUGUACCACUGACCAGGCCAAAGGAAUUAAAGGAAGUACGUCAUCGAUACCUGUUUGCUAUCGAAGAUCCGUUUGAGCUUGAGCACAACGUCGCUCGGACUGUGACUCAUAACGGCAUUGUAUCCAUCCGAGACGAAUUUCGACGUGCCUGGAGAAUUAUCAAGUCUGCCGGUAAAAAUGGACAAGCUGUGGAAAACCUGCUGGAGGAUAUCCAAGUGGAAAGCGAAAAGGCGGAGAGGAAGCAGUUCACAGAACUAUUAGAGGAGAUACAUGGACCGGGUAUCUUCUCGUCUCACUAGCUGCCCACGCGAGUGUGUAUGUUUGAAACUGUAAGCCCUGCUCCAUAGUGGCGGAUCUCGCUUGCUACUUGUGGUCUUAGCUGACUGAGCUGGCUUCUACAACUCUGUUGACGUGUUGAAGGGAAACCAAAUGCGUGAUUAAGUGGUCUCGUUCUUCAGGUUAAUAUAAUGUCUGUAUAGUUACUUGUCUAAUAGCUCCUUCUUGCUACCAUCAGCGCCAAAUAAGAAUUGCUACAAUUCAUGGUUCCUUUUUUUUUUUUUUUUUUUUUUUUCAGCAUAUACUUCGUACAUCU